AUGUGCACCGACAGACAUCCCCGACGCUCGGACUACUCCGGCCGCAUCGGUCGGCCACUUGAGCCAGCCGGACAGCCGGACAGCCGAACUCGGAGAAGAGCCGAAGUGACCAAGCGUCCGGCUGAGUGGGCGGAGGGUGGAGGCAAAAAGCAAAGGGCACAGCAACUGUGCCCCGACUGGGGAGGCAAAGUGGAAGUGGAUGAAGGUGCCAGGAUCGAGCGACUCGGUGCUUGGGCCGAUCACCAGCCGCAGUCUCCGUCUGGCCAUUGUCGCCGGGGGCCGAAGAGCUCUGGCAACCGUUUUCUUAAAGUCCUCAUUCGGCGAGUCACCAAGUUGCCCUCUUCCUGCCUCUGUCCGCCUCUUUUCUGGCCUCCAUUCUCUACUUUUACACCCACCCGUUGGCCACAUCCGCCCCGCUUCCGAUCACAGCAGAUCGCCUGA